GUUUAUGUUGGUAGUAGCAAUGUCUAAACAAUAUGGUAGACGGUGGAUUCGUAUUCUGUGUUUGUUUUUUAUCAUUUUGCAGAGAAAAGUGGGUUAAUUGAAAUUUAUCAAUAAGAAUUUCACUCGGAAAUUUGCUCGUUCGUUCGUCGUAAGUAGCCUUCGCGUUAAAAUGAGUAAAACAGUCAGUGGCAAUGAAGAUUUGGACGACAUAAGCAUGACUGCCCAAGAAUUACACAUUUUAUCUGAGCUCGACAGUCGUCAGUACGGAUAUUUGCUACUAAAUCAGCCUGAGAAUGCCAAGAAGAAAGCAUUAGUCCAAAAGGCGGUUAAAUAUUUACAACUUAUGCUAAUACAAGCUCGUAAGAAUCAAAAGGAGCAAAAUGAGAACGAGCCCAGCAAUUUCCAGAGCAAGCAGAUCAGCAUUGACCCGAAAACUUGGGUUAAAUUGGGACAUUUCCAUUUGUUGUUGGAGGAGUACCAUAAAGCUUUAUCAGCUUAUCAACGGUUCUACAAAGCCCAAGCAGAAAAUCACUGGCAGAAUACCACAUUCCUCUACGGUCUUGGGUUGGUCUAUUUUCACUACAAGUCCUAUCAAUGGUCUGUGAAAGCGUUCCAGCAACUUUUAUAUGUGGCGCCAGGGUUCCAACGAGCAAAUGAAGUCCAUCUAAGAUUGGGUUUGAUGUUCAAAGUUACCCAUGAGCACGAAUUAGCACACAAGCACUUGCAAUUGGCUCUAGUUGAUGCUAGCCCAUGUUCAACGCCUAAAAAUAAUAUUCGAUUUCACAUCGCACACCUAUUCGAAAUCCAAGGAAAGGUGAAAAUAGCCAAAGAGAAAUACGAGACUCUGUUGAAAGACAAGACAGUAACUGCUUCUUUGAAGUCAGAAAUUUUUCGUCAACUUGGUUGGCUUUAUCACAGUCAUGAAUCCCUCGGUGAUAAAAAUCAACGAAUCCCAUUAGCGAUCAACUGCCUGCAAAGGGCAAAUGAUGCAGAUCAAUACUCGAAUGGUCAAACCCUCUAUCUCCUUGGUCGCUGCUAUGCAUGUGUAGGGAAGGUCCACGAUGCCUUUAUUGCCUACAGAAAUUCAGUAGAAAAGUCUGAAGGUAAUGCUGACACUUGGUGCAGCAUAGGUGUUUUAUAUCAGCAACAGAAUCAGCCUAUGGACGCUUUACAAGCCUACAUUUGUGCAGUACAGCUUGAUAAAUGCCAUUCGGCAGCUUGGGCGAAUUUAGGGAUUUUAUAUGAAAAUUCUCUGCAAGCCAGAGACGCAUAUGCCUGUUACUCGAAUUCACAAGCUGGUUUGAACAGCAAAGGAAUCGCUGAGGAGCCCUUGAGCACCAAAUCAGCAAAACUGAAUUCCACAAGCGUGGGUAUGAACCCACACUUAACCCAAAGGAUAAAUUUUCUUCAAACGCAUCUAGCCAACGCUCCAAUGCCUAGUGUAACGUCACAAAGAAGGCAAUUGCUUUCUAUUGAAGAAGCUUGGAAUCUCCCAAUAUCAGCUGAGAUGUCGUCGCGACAGCAACAACAGCAACCCCAGCAAGGAGGUAGAAGUUCGGGGCAGCCCUUUCAGAAAGGUUACGGUCAGAAUGGGGCGCCUCAAGGACCUCCGCCUCCGUAUCCUGCCCCUAGUCCCAAUACAGGAAAACGAUUUAAAAUAGAACAAGAUCAAAAGAACUCAUCAAAUUCUAAUCAACCAAACUUUAUGCUAACGCAACAGCAAAUAAACCUGUUGACUCACCUGCAAGCGAAUGCAGCUACAUUAACGCAACCCCAGCAGAACCUCAUGAGGCAAUUGCAACAGCAACAUAAUUUGAUGCAACAGCAUUUGAGGAGUCAGGCCAAUCAAGGCCAAACUAGGCCAUUAGUACCUCCAGUCAAUGCUGGACCAAGAGGACCUGCUUCCCCGUUUGGAAACGCCAUGCAAUUGGGCGCUUCUUUAAACACCAAAAAUUUUGCCUCCAGCACCAACCUGAACGUGACAUCGCAAUUUCUUCAAGGACAGCAACACGAUCUGGAUGUGGAAGCUGAAUUAAAAGAUUUGCUAUCGCAAAAAGACCUCGCCACAACCCUGGCAGAAAACCUACUGAAACAUUUUGGAUCUGAUGAAAUGGAAGAGGUCAAGGAGGAGCCUGAUUCUACAACAGCAACUGCUUCAGGGACUUCUUCAAUUGCUAUAGAUCCAGCUAUUCAGGUCAAACCAAGCACCCUAUCUUCUGGUCCGUUUUCACCUUCUAAUAUGGAAAUGAAAUUGGAAUCACCGGAUCACAAGAAACGGAGGAAUAAGUCCCCAACUCAAGACAGUGUUCUAAUCGUUAAGUCGGAGCCUCCUUGGGACUUUGAGGCGUCGGCUGAAAAGAAGUUACAUAUUGAGUAUAGUAUUGAUAUGACUGCAGAGACUAUAAUUCAGCUAUGCAAAAACGAGGUAGUCAAUGGAGAGAUAAACAGUUCCAUUAUUUCUGACACGGCGCCUCCUCCUUCACCUCCAGAGCCCCCUUCUGUUAGACUCACUCAUCAGCAACUCACACCGCCUACACCUUCGGUUUACUUAGAUAAUAAAAAGCACGCAUUUAGCCCUCAACUGCAGGAGUUCUGCCUAAAACACCCAAUAGCAGUUAUUCGAGGUCUGGCGUCUGCUUUAAAGCUGGAUUUGGGCUUGUUUUCGACGAAAACGUUAGUGGAAGCUAAUCCCGAUCAUAGCGUGGAAGUGAGGACGCAGAUCCAACAACCUUCCGAUGAAAAUUGGGAUCCACAAACUGGUAAAAAAGUUUGGGCUUGCAUUUCUCAUCGUUCGCAUACCACUAUUGCGAGGUAUGCUCAGUAUCAAGCGUCGAGCUUCAAGGAGAGUUUAAAGGAGGAGCGUGAAAAGACGCAAACAGGGGCAGGAUUGUCGGAUUCCGAUUCGAAAGACGCACCUUUCUGCGGAGGAAAGCGACGGAAAGCCACCACAUCAGUAGCAUUAUCGUCCGUAACCAAAGUCCUAAAGGAACAUAAAACCCUCAAGUUUGGCACAAAUGUGGAUUUGAGUGACGAGCGCAAAUGGCGUCCUCAACUUCAGGAACUUAUGAAACUACCUGCUUUUGCCAGAGUGGUAUCGGCAGCCAAUAUGUUGUCGCAUGUUGGCCACGUAAUUCUAGGGAUGAAUACAGUUCAACUGUAUAUGAAAGUACCUGGAAGUCGCACACCUGGCCAUCAAGAAAAUAACAAUUUCUGCUCAAUUAAUAUUAACAUUGGUCCAGGUGACUGCGAGUGGUUUGCUGUUCCUGACUCAUAUUGGGGUGCAAUUUGCAGACUUUGCGAACAAAACCAAAUCAACUAUCUACAUGGAUCGUGGUGGCCCGUUUUAGAUGAUCUCUAUAAAGCCAAUAUACCAGUAUAUAGGUUUGUGCAAAGGCCUGGAGAUUUGGUAUGGGUAAAUGCCGGAUGCGUCCAUUGGGUGCAAGCUGUAGGUUGGUGCAAUAAUAUAGCUUGGAAUGUUGGCCCUCUGACUGCAAGGCAAUACCAGUUAGCUAUUGAGCGAUAUGAGUGGAACAAACUGCAAAGUUUUAAAAGUAUUGUUCCAAUGCUACACCUCUCGUGGAAUCUUGCAAGGAACAUUAAGGUUUCGGACAAGAAACUGUUCGAAUUAAUUAAGAAUUGUUUACUGAGGACGUUAACGAAAUGUAGUCGAAUAUUAGAGUUUGUUAAAGAUAGAGGAGUAGAAGUUAAGUUUCACGGGAGAGGAAAAAAUGAGGCGUCUCACUACUGCGGGCAAUGCGAAAUCGAAGUGUUCAACAUAUUAUUUAUAAGAGAACAAGAAAAAAGACACGUGGUGCAUUGCAUGGACUGUGCACGAAAACAAUCGCCCAAUCUAGAAGGUUUUGUUUGUUUAGAAGAGUAUAAAAUGCUAGAACUCUGCGAGGUUUAUAACAAUUUCACUUUACAUAACAGCGCCCCAACAAAUUCUGAUUCCUUUAGGCUCAUGUAAACUUAAGUAAAUUAAAAUACAACCUUCACUGCCACUUGUAACUGAUGUACAACUAUUAUUAGGUACGUUUUGCUUGUUAUUUAAGUGUAAAAAAAACAAAAGUGAUAUUCGUAUAAGGAAAAUUAUUGUAAUUUUUAAAGUGUAUAUAAAAUGUGGAUAUUUUCAUGGCUUGACAAAUUACAUCAAUUACAAAGAAAUAGUUCUUGCUUCGUAGGGUAUAGCUAAACCCAAAAACAGUGAUCUCAAAUAUUUAGUUGAAUUCAAUUUGUAAAUAAAUUUAUAUAAUUUAUUUUACCAUUGUAUUUACAACAUUUCUGUUAAAUAUUCAGAUUAUAUACUUUAUUUAAAUGUCGUGUAGCGCUAUUGUAUUGUGUUCCUUUAUUUAAGUUAAUAUUUAUUAUGUGAACUUAUUAAUUGAACGUACAUUUAAUACUUUGAAGUAGAAUUAUUAUUUGCACUUAUUAACUGUAGGCAGAUUUGAAUGGGUUAUUUUUUGGUGUUUUAUACACUGCCAUUUUGUGAUAAAAAUACUGCCCGACAGACAAAAUUUCUCAUAGCUGGGGCUGAGGUAUCACAUUUCCCACUCCUACGUUAUUUAACAUAACUUCUUUACUUCUUCUAGAAUGUAUCUAAUUUAGUUUAGUGAAUAUUCCGGAUUUAUUUAUUGUAUUACCAUUGUAUUAUUGUAACUCCCAGUCAUACCAAAUCAGCUGAAUAUAUAAUAUAUACAUACAGUUUCAAUCUUCAGUUUAUCUGCUAAAAUUGAAACUAUAUUUUUUCAAGUACUCAGCCCUAGUUGCUAGAUAAAGCCUGGGUUAACUGUGCCUUCAGCUAUAAUAAUUGUGGGAUACGUCCCAACACAGGUUAAGAUAUAAGGUUCAUAUUUUUUGCAUUCAUGACCAAAUUCGACGUCCUGAGCGUCCAAUGUACAUAUAUAAUUAGGUAAAAUCUGAAAAGAAUUAGCUCAAUUUUUGUAUGUAAUUUCUAAUGAAUCAUAGGUAUUUUAAUGAAAAGUGUUGUAUCAUUCUUAUAAAAGUCUGAAUUCGAUUGUGUUUUGUCUAGAUUCUAAUCAGUAAUUGUAGGUUGUAUUGACAUUCAUAUAACUAAAUUUCAAUAAAAGAACAUAUAAAACUUA